AUGAUGCGUACAGAGACGAGAUUCGAUCCAAAGCGUAAGAAGGUCGACUACAAGAAGACUCAGUUUGCAACAGCCACCUACAGAGACCAAGAUUAUCCAUUUCGGCUCUCCUUCUACGAUGUGCCGCCGACUCAAGAGAUCAGUCUGGAGGAGUUUGAGACAUGGGCUAUCGAUCGACUGAGAGUCCUGGCAGAGAUUGAGGCAUGUUCAUUCCGAAACAAGUCUCCUCAAGAGACGGCCGCGCAUCUCGAGCCGUUGCUCAAAAAAUACCUCCCUCUCUCGUCCAACUCGUCCGCACCCGGCGGUGUUGUCGACCAACGCCUACGAAAUGAGCGACGCAAAGACCAUUACUCCCACUUUAUUCUACGGUUAGCCUUUUCGGGCACGGAAGAUCUACGCAGACGUUUCGCCAGGGUAGAGACGAUGCUCUUCAAGCUACGAUUUCAGGCCGACGAUAGCAGAGAGCGGAGGGCUUUUGUGGAGAGUCUGAAUCUGAACUGGGAAUUGGUCCAACAAGAGGAAAAGCAACAGCUCGGUGAACAGCUCCUGUCGGCGACACCGGGUCUCCGCAGACUCGAGGAUGAAAACUGGUUCAAAGUCGACUGGACACGGGUACCAGAGCUGGUUGAGCAUCGGACCGUCCUUGUGAGAAAAGGCAAGGCGUACGUUCCGAUGCGAGAACAGACCAGCAUGGUUCUGACCGAAUUUUCCAAUCGACUGGAAAAAGGACUCGAAUUGACCUCGCGUGCUUUGCCUCGCCUGGACGAAGAUGACCGCCUCACGCCCAUACUGAACCACCUCUCAAAGAACUUUGCCACUCCUGACGCUGGAUAUUCGGAGUCGGAUUCGUCACUUGCUGGCGCUCCUAUCACAGCAGCGAACGUUGACGGAUUGUCUCAGCAUUUCCCUCUGUGCAUGAAACACCUCCAUCUGACUCUGCGCAAGAACAGCCAUCUCAAGCAUUUCGGACGGCUGCAAUACUCUCUAUUCUUGAAAGGAAUUGGCCUCACGCUGGAAGACUGUCUGUUGUUCUGGCGCCAGAGCUUCAAGCUGAUUACCGACGAUCAAUUCAACAAGGAGUAUCGGUACAACAUCCGUCACGUGUACGGCGACGUCGGUGGCGACGUCAAUCGACGUGGCAAAGGUUACGCGCCUUACUCGUGCCAGAAGAUCCUGACGGAACACCCACCCGGUACCGGCGAGGCACAUGGCUGCCCCUACCGACACUUCAGCGUCGACAACCUCACGAGCAUGCUCCAAGCGACCGGUGUGUCGGACCGAGACGUGUUGCGAGGUGUCAAGGAAGAUGUCGAGAAGAAGAGGUACCACAUUGCGUGCAACCGGGUGUUUGACUGGGCCCACAAGGCCGAGAUCAAGAAAGUCAAGGAUGAAGGGAUCUGGGGCCCGGCCGAGCUGGAGACGAUCGUUCACCCCAACACAUACUUCAAGAGGUCAUACCUGUUGAAGAACUUGGGCUCGUUACCCCAGCAGGACGUGAAGAUGGAGGACUGA